CGAUAAUGAAGAUUUGAGCUUACGCUGUACCGUGAUGUGGCCGUCAAAAAGUCGCGGUGAAAAAGAAGAUUGAAAUAAAGAACAAAUAAGGAUAGAUGGAACUUUAAACCAUCAUUACAAUGAAGCAAGGAAAACGAGGAAAUCAAAAAAGCAAAAACCUAAAUCAAAUAGUAGCUAUAGUGCUUGGUUGUUUUUGCGGAUUCAACAAUGGGUUAAUGCUGGCAUGGCCAUCUCCGUUCAUACUCAAGAUUACUAACGAUAAGGAAAAUUAUGAUAUUACAACAGAUCAAGCAUCUUAUUUCUCGGUAUUUCCUUCUCUUGGAAUGCUCGUAUCAGGUCUGGCCUUUUUCAAAUUGAAUGACGCGAUUGGUAGAAGGAACACGUUGUUGCUCCUGACGAUACCACAGUUAACAUUUUGGGUGAUCACAAUAUUCUCAAGAGACAUUUAUGUGCUCUACUUCGCCAGAUUUGUUAGCGGUAUGAGCGAUGCGGCCCUAUUCGCGUCGUUGCCAAUUUAUAUCGGCGAAAUUGCUACCCCAAGAGUUCGAGGGGUGUGGGGAAAUUUGCAGACAUUUUUCUACGGUUUUGGCAUAUUCGCUAUUAACGUGAUAGGAAGCUACAUGACGGUGAAAACAACUGCUUACCUUUGCGUAUGUCUGCCGGUUAUCUUCAUUAUAUUCUUUAGUCGGAUGCCCGAGUCACCAUAUUACUACAUGAUGAAAGGGAGAUUCGAGGAAGCGAAAGAAUCACUGCAGUGGUUAAGGAAGGAAGACAACGUCGAACACGAAUUUAUUCAAAUAAAAGCGGACGUAGAGCGCCAAAUAUCUGAAUCUGGCACAUGGAAAGAUUUAUUUACCAUCGAAACCAACGUGAGAGCUCUCAUCGUAGCGAUAUUCUUACGUCUUGCCCAACACUUGGCCGGUGGUACCGUAAUGCAGCUUUAUACGCAACUCAUAUUUGAGAUGUCUGGAACAAAUAUAGGUCCGGAAAUAUCAGCGAUCAUCUUCACCGGAUUAUUAACCGCUAUCAACCCGAUAUCGAUGGUUCUCCUCGACAGAUUCGGAAGACGCAAGUCGUUCAUGGUGUCUUGUUUUUUCACCGCCGUUACGUUGCUAAUCUACGGGGUGUAUUUAUAUUUGAACGAUUUCGUAUCAACUGUAAACUUAGAUUCGGUUAGGUGGAUACCAUUAGCGGUUACGGUAGCAUGGAUAGUUGUGAUUUCCUUAGGUCUGGGUCAAUUACCAACCCUGAUGAUAGGAGAAUUGUUUUCUGCUAGUAUUAAAACGAAGGCGGUUUGUAUUUACAAUUUAAUUUUCGCCCUGUCGUACUUUUUCAACUCUUACAUAUUUAACGUGUUCAUUUUCUACGUCGGCAUGUAUUUUCCUUUUAUGGUAUAUGCGGCUUUGACGUUUGUAAAUGCGGUACUGGCGUACUACAUCAUGCCGGAAACGAAAGGGAGGACGUUGGAACAAAUUCAGCAACACCUCAAGAUGAUGCGAUUUAUCGGUACCAAACGUAAAUAAAUACAUCAGAUUACAAUACAACCCUUAUUCACGAGAAUCUCGUCCUUUAGAAACUCCCAGAAAAUUAUACCUGUAGUAUAAAACAUGGAAAAGAAACAUUAGUAAAAAGUUUUUUUUUAACUAAACCAAAAAAAAAUUACUCAAGUGCAGAGGUAUGUUAAAAAGCGCUCACGAGUUUCAACGCCUCUAGUGAUUGUGUCCAGUCAUGAAACGGAAAACGCGCUGGACGUACGGUUCAAUUCAAUUUACAGUUUGAAAGAUAAAAUGUAAAAAAAAAAUGUCGAAAUAGUUUUAAUUUUUUUUUAUUAAAAUAUAAAUAAAGUGCUGUUAU